AUGGGCAACUCCAAGUCGUCACAGUCCCUGAAAUCAAAAUUAGGGACGGUAUCAAAAUCUAUCUCGAAAAGUUUGGGAUCGCAGUCUGAGAGACAAGAUUCAGCUGUGCGUGACCGUUACAAGCGGAAUGUUUGUCUUCGAGCGGACAUAGCUGAGUUCGAUAUCCGCGGUGAAAUAGGUCAUAGAACAGCACCGAAUGCAUCUUACUAUGAAGUGUUCCACAAACCGACCAAGGAAACGCUCGAACUCAGAGUCCUCUCCAAAGCGAAGCUCGAAACUGCUUACUCGAAGAGCAGAGCAGUACAGGAGAAGAAAAUACACGCCGCGGUGGAAGGAAAUGAUUUCAUCGUGAAACUAGUGUUCGCAUCUCAAGACACGGAAAACCUCUAUUUCUUCACGGAGUACUCGAUGUUCGGGCCGCUAGGUUCCGUGCUGAACACGAAACUCAGGGACAAAACAAUCAGAGCGAUCGCUGCUCAAAUCAUCAUUGCGCUCCAAUAUCUCCAUCGGAACGGCGUUAUACAUCGCAAUGUGUGUCCGGACUCGAUUCUCAUAUUCGCCGACGGCUUUUUGAAGCUCGGAGAAUUCCGAAAUGCCAAGUUGAUGCCCAUAUCAGGAGCUAGAGCCUUCUCGAUUCUCUCGUGCAGUCCAUACAUGGCCCCGGAAAUGUUCGGCUCCGAGGGUCACGGUGAGGAGGUCGAUUACUGGGCUCUCGGCAUCCUGCUCUUCCACGCGAAAUUCAAGAGACACCCCCUGAUUCCGGACCUUUGGGAGGCUGACGACUGUGACGUUUCUCGCAGCAUUGAAUUCAAUGAAGUGACUUGGUUCCCGGACGAGGAGAACACUCCGUUAGGUAAUCUGCUCAAGGAUCUGCUGGUGAAAGAUAAGACGAAGCGACUCGGAGCUCCUGGCCAAGAGCCAAUCGAACAACACAAAUUCUUCGAGGGCUUCAAGUGGAAAGACAUGUCGAAGAAGAAGUGCGACAUCCGGAUCAUGUCACCAGGGAGAGUGGUUUACCCGAUCGCAAACGAGCAAUUCGAUCGGCCAGAACCUCUAACAAGAGGUGUUGAAGCCGCUUUCAAGCACUUCUGA